UUUACACAGUCAUCCAUUGAUGCGAUGGACAGUCUUCUUACGGCUGUGAAGACAGUUACGCCUGAUCGAGAGACUCUAAUCUCAGCCGCUGCAGAGCCAUCGCCUGCUGAACUCACUUCCGACAAGCGGGUUGUAUCCGAACUUGAUUGGGAUGUCUCGUCACCGGAAAGUAUACUCGCGCGCUUGAAAUUCAAGCCCGACCAGGAUCAGCUCGCUCAAAUUCUGGCGGUAAUUGACCCGUCAAGUAAAACGAAUGAGCUAGAAGACUUUGACAUUCGAAUCCCGGCUCCCAAAACAGCGCAAAUACUCAAUGUUCUGGUCACUGUUACCAUUCCGGAUCAUUGGGAUUCCCUUUGUGCAGAAUCCCGGAGAUCCAAAUCGAGCUCCAAAUUACGCGCGGCUUUGCUGAGAUGUCUCAGCAGUGUCGCAGGUAUCAGCUGCUUGUUGACGCAACUCCGCUCUCUCAUCGCUGCCUGUCGAUCAUCGGCCCAGGAAGCGAGUGCGUCUGGCCACCAGGCCCAGGCCAGAGACAUUCUGUCAGUGAUAUGUGCUCUACUAGAGCCAGAUGAUCUGAUGUAUCGUCUAUACGCCGAGAUUGAGAGUCUCUAUCAUAACCCGGCUCAGAAACAGGUCGCAUGGAAGGAGUUGCUUUCUCACGUUGCUGCUAGUAGGGUCCUUUCAACAGCUGCGGAGGCGAUAUCGCUGAUCAAAGACCUUGACGGGACGAAAUCACUGUCAUGGGUGGGAGACGGGCCCAGGUACGCCUCCUGGCUUGGAACCAAUAUAUGCCUUGUGGCUUCAAAGAUAUCUCUCGAUAAGGAGGAUGCUUGGAAAGCCGUGGCUCUUUUGACCGGCCGAUCUUUGAGUCUUGGAUACACUGACCAGCUGGUUCGGGAGAUCUACGUGUGUCUCCUUAUAAAUGAUGCAAACAUUCAGCGAUAUGGCCUUCUUUUCGAUCAUCUCCGGCCGAAUGAGCAGCUCGCAUUCAUAGAAGCAAUUUUUAGGGACAUUGAGAAGAAACAUUUCUCAGGCAUCACUCCUGGUGAGAUGGAGAAUGAUUCUCAAGAAGUGCUUAGUGCUGUUGCAGCUUUGUGUUCCUUUGUCACAAAGGAUAGACCACAAAUACAAGCACAGAUAGUUGAAUGGCUAUCAAAAGGUCAGGGCGGCUCGAUACAUACCACAGAGUUGCGCCGUGCGAUAGUGGCCAGUUUUGCCAAUAUGACAGAUCUAAUGGUCUCUUUGGUGACAAAGAGUCUCGAUUACUCCGGUGACACGUUCUAUAUUCAACAUGCUCCAAUCAGAUGUCAAGAAGCAAACACGCAGAUCAUCCUUCUGACUUGCGGGUAUCUUCAGCAAACUGAUCCGCUGGAGGUAAUGCGUGUGGGACGGUCUGGGAUCUUUCUGAAUGCUGUUUCUAAUCGCCUGGCAGCUUCUUCUGGGCGAGCACGGUUCCUCGGAAUGCUCAUUGGUACCGCAAUCUCUUCAUUAAUUGAACCAGCGGGCAAAGGAAUGAGGUUUGACCUCGAGGAGAUGGAGAGUGACGAGGCAAAGUGGUAUUUGAGCUUGCUCACUUUGCAGGACAGUGUAGGAUAUUCCGAUUCAAUCAAGGUCCUCAAAGAAGCAACAUCAGGGAUGCAACGAACGCCUUCUCGGAAAGUCUCUUUCGUAAAGGGAACAGGCCCUUCGAAGAAGGUCAAUAUGAGAAGUACCAAGAUUGUUGCGAUCGAAGAGGUCGAGGAUUCGGAAGAGGAAUCCGAAGAUGAAGAUCUUGUUCCUUACGAAAAGCCGGAUGAGGACUUCUCAGAUGACGACGAAGAUCCGACCUUAGUCCAGAGGAACAAGCCUACUGCACCUGUGUAUAUUCGGGACCUCAUCACCUACUUGCGAGAUACUGAGAAUGUGGAACGCUAUGAGCUGGCUGUUUCUACUGCUCCGUCCUUGAUAAGACGCAAGACUGGGUUCGGAACUGAGCUUGCUGAGAAUAUCGAGGAAUUAGCUCUGGUGGUGGUAAGCCUGCAGGAGCAGGGAAAACUCUCCAAGUUCCUUGAGUACCAGCUUCAAAGCAUGAUUGCCUUGAUCGUCUCCCAGCCGCUGAAAAUGGGUCAUUGGUUCGCAGCAUUAUUCUUUGAUGGAGAUCUCUCCCAACCUCAGCGCUCUGCGGUCUUGACCGCACUAGGCUUAAGUGCUCGCGAGUUAGCUGGUAACGGCGAGGCAGACGCCAAAAAUCUUGGUCUUCCAAGCUUACCAGACGCCUCUUUCCCUUCCAAGAAGCUACCAAGCAGCCUGGAAGCCUUCUACUCGACGGACUCCCCCUUAGCAAGCCUGACUCGAUCGAUGGCGCAAGCGUCCCUAGAGCCGCUGGCCGCCCAUGCUGAAGAAUCACGGACCGGUCCCAAUGCCCUCAAGGUGCGCACAUUCUCCACGCGCAUGGAGGUCGAAAAGCGACGCCAGCAACGCGAAGCACAGCGGCAGAAGUCAACAAUCAAAGACCUAUACAAGGUGCUGGCUCAAGGUUUUUUCUUUCCUCUCAAGGGUCGAUUUGAGAUGAUGAUGAUGCAGUUUGGCUCGUCCACUGCUCCCUCCUACAAUCCCUUUUACGUGCCACACCUCCUCUGUCUCUUCAUUCAAACGCUCACCCUCAUUCUCUCGAGCAUGGGCCCUCAUACACCGUACCUGCCCAACCUCACUGAAGAGACCUUGUCGUUUUUACUAUCGCUCCACGGCCGCCCGCUCGCCGAUGACCCCAGUAUCCUCUCCGCGCUUUUCGCACUGUUUCUAGCCAUAGUGGACCUAAAUGUGGUAUGUGGCACAACAGGUGAAGAACGGCUUGUAACCGAGUUUGCGACACAAGUCGUGGAACUCCGUGACUGGGUUGGGGGAGUUUUCGACCGGACGCCUGCCGUGCAAGACGCCAGUGAUCCACGAGAGCAGGUGCGGACUCUGGCUGCGGGCGUGAUGGUGAAACUUGGGGAGGUCAUGGAGCGAUAUCAGGGGCGGUUGAUGGGAGUCAAUUCAGGAUUUCGAUAUUAG